AUGUCGUGCCAAGACUGCGAUAACAAGGAUGCCGUCACCUUGUCCGCCUCCACUUCCGCGGAUACCCCAACCUCCAUGGCAUUAUUGGACCCGACCCAAUUCGUACCCCCUACACCAUCCUCCUCUCUUCCCCGUAUCGUGAUCGAUUUUUGUGAUCGAUGUACGUCAACCCAAGAGCAUCUUCUUGAUCGCACCAGGCAUCUUAUCACUUAUCCGCCCCACUUCGUUCCCCCACCCUCCUCCUCAGGUCGAUGGCUCCACCGAGCAACCUGGGUCCAGACCGAAUUAUUCCUCACCUUUCCAACUACAUCCGAAACAGGUAUCCGAGCCAUCGCUCUGGUCCCUCGAACGAGUCCUGAAACGGGUGGGAGAUUCAGGGUGUGGAUUUAUAGAGAGGGAACGCAGGGUAAAGCCGAUUUGGUGUGGGACAGGAAGAUUGAAGGAGGCUUUCCGGAGCUCAAGGUUUUGGUGAGUUUGGGUUCAAGGAACUCAGAAGGCUGUGCGGUUGUGAGGGACUGACGGGAACUCCUUUAUGGGCCCGACAGAAACAACGCGUGAGGGACCUGAUCGCACCACAACAGGGGCUCGGUCAUUCCGACCACCAUACUAAGAGCAAAUCCGAGUCCGAGGGCGAACCACCCGAGCUGCCAGAGAAGGACAACGAGCCAAUACCAGCGAAGGAGAACGAGCCAGAACAGGAGAACGAGCCGGAACAUGGGAACGAGCAAGAACAGAAGCCAGCAGUCGAUGAUUAUACACCCCGGUUCAGGUGUUGA